CCAUACGACACUCGUUUAAAAUUUAAAAAUACUUCAAAUUACAUAUGCUCCUUGUUUCUUGUUUUUUUUUUCUUUUUCGAUAUCUUUUUAAUUAAAGACGAUAUCUUAUUAUCUUUGUUUCAAACGGUCAAAAAAUUAAAAAUGAAAUCUUUACACUUAAAUUCACACAAAAUAUUCAUGACUUAUAAGGUAUUAUCUUAAAUUUGAAUUAAUAUAAUAACCGUUGCAUUUGUUACCAACAUAAUCGGCAUUGAGCAACAAAAUUAAAAAAACGUGACCUCCAACACCUAGCAAUCUCCAUGCAACGGUAACUUUACUUACAUAUCUCCUAUAUAUAUCCACCAUCUUUAUUCCCAAAUUACCUUCACUUCUCACUUCUCAUCUCUCUUAUAAGUUUAAACACACACCGCAACACUUUUGAUCCAUCGAUGGAGCACCAAACGAAGCUCGUUACAAUGUUCGGUUUGGUGGUCAUAUUGUCUAUUGGGUCGUGUUCUGGUUACACAUUCCAUGUAGGUGGCAAAGAUGGUUGGGUUCUCGACCCUCGUGAGAGCUACAACCACUGGGCUGAACGAAAUCGGUUUCAAGUCAAUGACUCACUUGUUUUCAAGUAUAAGAAAGGGUUGGAUUCGGUUUUGGUGGUGAACGAAGAGGCUUACGGCAACUGCAACAAAACAAACCCUGUAGAAACCCUAAAUGGUGAAAACCCUAUAUUCAAAUUCAAAAGAUCAGGUCCUUUUUUCUUUAUUAGUGGUCAUGAACAAAAAUGCCAGAAUGGACAGAAGCUGAUCAUCGUAGUCAUGGCGGUCAGGCACCACCCGCGCAUUGUGAACUCUACUACCGCUCCAGCACCAGCACCGGCACGUGAUCUGGCGCCAUCCGCCACAUUACAAACUACUGAAGGAAUUACUAUGCAUGCCCCGGCCCCGGCUCCAGUGAUCUCAGGCGUUGAAUCUAUUGGUUUUGGAGGUUUUGUUGGAUUAUUUUCGGGUUUGGUUUUGGGUCUGGUUUUGGUUUUGAAUGAGUUUUGAGGAGAAAUAAUUGGAGGAUUUGUGUUCAGGGUUUCUGCUAUUGUUUCAUUCUAUGUUUUUAGGUUGUAUCAAUUGAAUUUGUUGUUUUUGUGUUCUAUGAUUUUGUAA